GGCGGGGCGGGGACAGGUGGGGCCGAUAGCGCCUUGUGAGGGGGCUGUCGCUGCUGUCGCUCCUCCUCCGCCUGUUCCUCCUCCUCCGCUUGUUCCUCCUCCUCCGCCUGUUCGUCCUCCUCCUUCUUCUCGUCCUCCUCUUGGUAGCUCGGGGCUGGCGGGCAGGCUCUGGCUGCGGCCCCGCUGCUCCCCGCUGAGGCGGCGCGGCCUCCGCUCUCUCCUCUCGGCCGCUGCCCGGGCUCUGGCGCGAUGUCGGGUGGCGCGGCGGGCACCCCCAGGCCGCUUCCCUCCUCCGGACCCAAGUCGCUGCGGGAGAUGCCGCAUCCCCUGGCCACCUCCAGCAGUGAGGAGAUGGGGCCGGCGCUCAGCCCCAGCCCCGACCUGCUCUUGCCCCGCGGCAUCGCCGAUAAGGAUCUCAGUCUACCCAGUGGCACACCUGUGGACACUUCUAGCCCAGCCUCUUCCUCAUCUCUCCUCAACCGACUGCAGCUGGAUGAUGAUUUGGAUGGGGAAACUAGAGACCUCUUUGUCACAGUUGAUGAUCCCAAAAAGCAUGUGUGCACAAUGGAAACAUAUAUCACAUACAGGGUUACAACAAAGACCACACGAGCAGAGUUUGAUUUACCAGAGUAUUCUGUCCGCCGGCGGUACCAAGACUUUGACUGGUUGAGAAACAAGCUGGAAGAGUCUCAGCCAACACAUCUCAUUCCCCCUCUUCCUGAAAAAUUUGUGGUAAAGGGUGUUGUUGAUCGCUUUUCUGAAGAGUUCGUGGAGACAAGGAGGAAAGCAUUAGACAAGUUUUUGAAGAGAAUAACUGAUCACCCUGUGCUUUCUUUUAAUGAGCACUUCAACGUGUUUCUUACAGCCAAGGAUCUUAAUGCCUACAAAAAGCAAGGAAUGGCAUUGCUGUCGAAGAUGGGGGAGUCUGUAAAAUAUGUCACAGGAGGCUACAAAUUAAGAAGUCGAACACUGGAGUUUGCAGCCAUUGGAGAGUAUCUAGACACGUUCUCUCUAAAGCUUGGUACCAUUGACAGAAUAGCACAAAGGAUUAUCAAGGAACAGCUGGAAUACUUGGUGGAACUACGUGAAUAUGGACCUGUUUAUUCAACCUGGGGAGGGCUGGAGGUUGAGCUGUCAGAGCCACUGGAAGGUGUGUCUGCCUGUAUUGGGAACUGCUGCACAGCUCUUGAAGAACUCAGUGAAGACAUGACAGAAGACUUCCUGCCUGUGCUUAGGGAAUAUAUAUUGUACUCAGAGUUAAUGAAGAAUGUGUUGAAGAAGAGAGACCAAGUUCAAGCGGAGUAUGAAGCAAAACUGGAAGCAGUAGCCUUGAAAAAAGAAGACCGUCCAAAGGUACCCACGGAUGUUGAGAAGUGUCAAGACCGAGUUGAAUGUUUCAAUGCUGACCUGAAAGCAGAUCUGGAGAGAUGGCAGAACAAUAAAAGACAAGACUUCAGGCAACUGCUCAUGGGGAUGGCAGAUAAAAACAUCCAGUACUACGAGAAGUGCCUUACGGCGUGGGAGUCAAUUAUACCACUAUUGCAAGACAAGCCUGAGACCAAAUAAGAAGUACCUUCAUGGACAGUCUAGCACUUCUGUGCUCAGUACCACUAGACAUACUGGAACUGUAUGAAGGACUCCUUUUGUCAAGUUAACUGAAAUGCCAGCUGCACUUGGGCUGGAACAGAUGCUCUGAAAACUGUUUCUUUUCCUCACUUUCUGUGUUUAAACUGGGGUAUGUUUCAUCUUUUUGAGUUAUCUUGAGUGGUUCCUUCUUUAUCCUAUGGAGUGAUUGGGGGUUCAUAGUGAAAGUGCAUGGGGAUCUUGAUAAAACUUACCUCUCUAGUCUGGAAGGAGCUGAUGAGUGAAACACUAAAAAGAUGAAAAAAUAACUCUGCUGCAAGGUGCCAAAUGACAUCUUCAUUACCAUUCUGGUUUUUUAGCAAAAAAAAAAAAAA